AUUUACUAAUUCGGGGUACAGACAGAGUCUCUAUGUGAUGAUAUCUAGGUGAAAGAGUCUCUAUGUGUUUAUCUGUAUUUAUCUGACUUCUGUGACGUGAGACAGCUAGCAGAUGGUCAGUUUAGCCAAUCUGUCUGCUUCCUGACCUGGGCCCCAGUUUGUCAUGUUUCAGCUCUAAGACUGUAUGCCAUAUUACUAGAGGGAAGAGCGGAACCAUCCUAGGAGGGAUGAAUACCAUCUCUUUUCAACAGGUCAGGUCUGCCCCAAAAACUUUUCCAGUUGUCUAUGAACCCUAUAUUAUUCUGCAGACAUCACUUAGACAGCCAGCCAUUGAGUGAUGAUAGUCUGCAAAGUAUACUUGCGAGUUCACAUACCUCUUUAACACUAGAAGUCCCAGAGAUUUGUAACCCUCCUUUAGCCAAGUGGAUGCUAACUGGCUAGUCUUUUGGCUAUCAUUAGCAUCAAUUCAUGUGUAAAUAUGGUCAUUACCUGAGCAAUCUGCAGGGGGGUUGGGUGUGUGUGUGUGAAUGGUUGCUGGUGGCUUGUUUGUAUGUGUGGGGGAGGGAGGGCUGCUAAAAGCAGAGAACUUGAUUGACCAUGUCUCACAUUGGCAUGUAGGGUCUUGCCCAGGUGUAAACAGGUAUGAAUUAGCACAUCUAAUUGCAUGCAGCUUGCUCUCAAAUGAGAGGUAAUUCCUUUUGUGCUGAGGUGGAUAAAAUCUCACUGCACAUAGCCUACUACUUCAGUGCCCUCAAGAAUUCUGUGGUGUCCGAACCUCCUCUCCAAGAAAAGAAAAUGCAGAGAAGACUCACCACUCAGCAGGCCUUGGAAAUGAUCCUGAGUGAAGUAAACCCUUGUGACUCAGAUGGAGAAGACAUAGAACUUCAGCCGGAUUCGGACUCAGAGCUGUCUGAUCUGUCUUCAGAUGAGGAGACUGCUCCUCAACCAAAAAAGAGAGCCCGUUUGGGGACUGACCUGACAGAGACAGCGAAAGAUGGCACAGUGUGGCGUGAAGAACAGGUGGGGACACGUCUCCCUUUCACCCCAAUCAAAGCGUACGCUGCAGAUGGAGAGCCAACGGCUAAGGCCAGGAAAAGUAUCUCGAGUCGCCUUCAGAGCUUCCUGUGUUUCAUCACUCUUGACAUGCUUCAUAGCAUUCAAGAAUGGACUAUUCAACAUGCACAGGAAACAGAGCAUGUUCAUUGGUUCAUGGCCCUCCCUGAACUAAUGGCAUUUAUUGCAAUUGUCAUCUUGCGGGGGCUUACCAAGGUUCCAUCACUACGUGACUGCUGGUCAGCAAACCUGGGAAACCCACAUAUCAUUGGAACAAUGCCGCGAAACCGCUUCCAAGACAUCAUGCGUCACCUACGCUUUGAUGACAGGUCCACCCGGAGUGAUCGAGCAAAGACUGAUAAGUUUGCUGCAAUUUCCAGUGUGUGGGCAUCAUUUGUCACCAAUUGCAUCACGUCCUACAACGCUGGUCUACAUAUUACCGUUGAUGAAGAGCUUUUCCCGUCAAAGACUCGCUGCUGUUUCCUGCAGUAUAUUGCAACUAAACCUGACAAGUUUGGGAUCAAGUUUUGGGUGGCUUGCGACCUAAAAUCCAAGUACAUUUGUAAUGUCCUCCCAUAUCUUGGCAAGGACCCUAGUCGUCCCAGUGGAGAGAGACUGUCUGAAAAUGUAGUGAUGAGGCUGAUGGAACCAUUCCUAGACAAGGGCAGAAAUGUUACCACGGACAAUUUUUUCACAUCGCUGUCACUUGCGCAUAAACUUCUUAGCCGGAAAACCACCAUCCUCAGCACAGUCAACAAGAUUCGCCGGGAAAUCCCUCAAUCCGCUAGACACACAGAUCGCAAUGAAUUCACCACUCAGGUGUUUUCAACCACUGCUGCUACGCUGACGGCGUAUGCGCCCAAACGGAAGAAGACCGUCUACAUUCUUAGCAGCAUGCACAGCGUGAUUCAGACUGAUAAUACCACCAAAAGGAAGCCAAACACUGUCACCCUUUACAACACCACAAAGUGCGGCGUGGAUGUGAUGGACCAGAUGGCGCGGGAGUACACUGUCCGCACAGGGACACGGCGCUGGCCAGUUGCCGUGUUCUAUAACAUGAUUGACAUGGCAGCACUGAAUGCACAUGUGCUGUAUCAAGCAUGCACCGGAAGGCAGGAAAGACGGGUGGACUUCCUGGUGGAGCUUGCAAGAGAGUUGGCUAACUCUCAUAUGUGUGCGAAGAAGGCAAGAAAAGAACAAUUGCUUCGGACACAACCCUCCACACCUAGCCCUGGAAAAAGAGCCAUGUGUCAGGUCAAACACCAAUGCAAGAACAAUCAUGCCACUGUGCGAUGUGUUCACUGCUACAGAUACACAUGUGGUAAAUGCAGACGGGAGAUACCAUGGCAGUGCCAGGAUUGUGAGUGAUUGCUGGAAUGUACUCACUCACUUUUUAAUAUUAUUUGUAAAUAUGUGUACAAAUGGUUGGUUUCUUUAUUUUAUUUUGUACUAUUUUUAUCAAUAAAUCUCAGCAACAAAGGAAAAAAAAAACAUGUGUGUUGAUUUCUCCCUAAGAUGGCAAAGUGAAACACAAGUUUCCUUGAAGUGGCUCAGCAUGGCCCCACAUUGUUUACAUAACAAAAGCAACUGUUCACAGCUGAUUAAGGAUAUUAGCCUGAAGCCUUCCAGCCCAUCGGCUGUCCUGCGGGUUUUAUAUGUUGAAAAGCCAAAUGGCUGCUCUCUGGGACUUCUAGUGUUAAGGUUCAUUUUAGUGAUCUCCAAUUAGCGAAGUCAAACAUCAUUAGUGCUGAUGUGAAUAAUAAUCUUAGAGUAUUUAUGAUUAGCAUUAGCCAGCACUUUUAAAUUUGCUUUGAUGUCAGGCGCUCUGGCUCCCAGCAAACAUUUGACUAUGGUGGCUGGUGUCUCUAUUUUCACAUUCUGUGUCAUAGACUCGCCAAUAACUAGGGCACUUUCAACAGGAUUUUCAGCAUCACUGAGUGGGGAGAACCUGUUUGAUGUUCUAAGCAGAACGGAAGAGUGGUGUUUUGCCCUGCGACUAUGCCGUCUCACAGUCACUCAGUUGCUCUACAGCCUGAACCGAACAAUGUAAGCUAGUCGCAUCCAAAAUAGUAUCUAAAGCCCUAGAAUUCUUACUGUCCUCAAUUAAAGUUGGAUGCGUGUUGGCUCUAAUUCUGAAAUCUUCUCUGUCAGCCUGACUAUCUCCCUGCUUUUAUCACAUGUGUAAAUCUCACCGCUGACAGAGAAAGCUAUACUAAGCAUGUGACAGGCAGUGCAAGUAAUGAUAACAGGGAAAGAUGACAUGACUCACUGUAUUUGUAGACUGAUCCGACUUACCACAGUUGUUUGAUGGACUCAUAGAAAAAGAAGCGCGCAAGAGAAAAAGACGGUAGGCACGGAUGACAAGUUAACAGGCUAGCAAAAUGCUAACGCAUUGUGAUAGCGAUUUAGAUUAAACGCUAGCGACGUCAGAUUGUGAUAGGCAAUAUUAGACAAUAUCAGAUAUAUGGUAAUGAUAAUGUAAACAACAAUCAAUGAUAGUAAAUUGAUUCAAAACAAAGUUAUACGGAGCUGCAGACACAAAGCAUUCGGCAGCGAGGCAGACAGGAGCAGAUAGGAGGGGUCAUGAUAUUUAAUUGGAGAAUAAAAAACUUUGGGAGAAACCAGACGAACAAACAUGGGGUGGUUUAAUUCCAGGUUGCAUCAAAAUUCGGAUUGUGGAUUGAUAUUGUCACAGACACGUCAGGUUCCACCUCACUCCCUUACCCACGCACCCAAUCACCGGAGUACUGAUCACCGCCACCUGCAACUCAUUAUCACCAUGAUCACCUCACUACUUAAGCCCCACACUCACACACACACAUUGUCCGGUCUCGUUCAUGAUACACUAGUUGUAUGCUUAGCUCAAGGACUCCCAAAACGACACUUACCUGUCUCCAUACUCUCCAUCGUCUCCAUCGUCUCCUGGUCUCCUUGUGUCUCUACCUACCUGUGUGUGUGAGUGUUCCCGUCUGCCAACUCCAACGUCUUCAUCGAACUGCAUCUGCAAUACAAACAAGGACAGUAUUACCUCUCUUUCAUCCUCAAGAUCUUCAUUACCAUUAUUGCACUUACCUGUUGCUCUGCUGAUUUUUCUAAAUAAACAUCCAAACUGCAUUUACAUCUGUCUCCGGUGUCUCUACUGUAACAGAAGACCGGACCAUAACAGCUUACAAUCAGCAUGAGCCGUCAAGACCCUUUCCAGGAGCUCGUGGAUGCAGUUCGGCGAGCACUCACUCCUCAACCACCGUCACCAUCACCAGCACCAGCCACCGCUGCUGCCACCGCCGCCACAGUCACCUCUACUUCGCCGGUAUUCACCGCCAGUCCCAUGGCCAAACCGGCGCCCUACUCAGGAAAGGCGGAGGAUUGCAGCGGAUUCCUCCUUCAGUGUGAGCUGGUCCUGGAGAUGCAGCCGCACCUCUACCCCACCGAUACGGCGAAAAUAGCGUUCAUUAUUUCCCAACUGCAAGGUAAGGCCCUACAAUGGGCAGAUUCGCUCUGGACUCAAAAUGGAUCAGUUGUCAAAUCCUACACGGCAUUCGUUACCCACUUCAGAGAAGUCUUCGGAAAACCUUUGGCAGAUUCUUCAACUGGUGAGAAAUUGUAUAAUUUAAAACAAGGAAAUAAGACUGUUAACGAUUAUGCCUUGCAGUUCAGAACGCUCGCCGCAACCAGCGGAUGGAAUGAACAAGCCCUCAUCACUACCUUUCGACAAGGUCUGGAGCCAAACGUGCGGCUGCAUCUCGCUGCAUACGAGGACUCCAUAGGACUUGAAAGAUUCAUCCAACUCGCCAUCCGCGUGGGUUCUCGUAUGCAGUCGUGUCUCCUCGAGCACCAGGGCCAGUCACAGGCUACACCUCUCCUCCGUCGGUCCGAACCCGUCAGCUCCCCAGAACCAGCCCCCGAGCCCAUGCAAGUGGAUAACUCCCGUUUGUCACCCACAGAAAGACAGAGAAGGCUGACCCUGAAUCUAUGCUUAUACUGUGGAUCUCCUGGGCAUGUCAUCUCCACAUGCCCAACCCGUCCUCC